AUGGCUGAGAAUGAACGGUGGAUAGAAGCUUGUCUUGUUGAAGAACUGCCGCCAACUACAGAACUGGAAGAAGGUUUAAGAAAUGGGGUUUACUUGGCAAAGUUAGGCAGAUUCUUUGCUCCAAAAUUGAUAUCUGAAAAGAAGAUUUAUGACGUGGAACAGACAAGGUUUAAGCGCUCUGGUUUACACUUUCGGCAUACAGAUAAUACUGUACAGUGGUUGCGGGCUAUGGAAUCAAUUGGGCUCCCUAAGAUCUUUUAUCCAGAAACCACAGAUGUUUAUGAUCGGAAAAACAUCCCCCGUGUUAUAUAUUGCAUCCAUGCAUUAAGAGAACCUGUAACAUCUGCCUCGUAUUUCCUGUGA